AUGGCCUCCCGGAAGAAGAAACUUCAAGGUCUUGUUGCUGCAACCAUCACGCCAAUGACGGAGCAUGGAGAAAUCAACUUUUCAGUCAUUGGUCAGUACGUGGACUAUCUUGUGGAAGAACAGGGAGUGAAGAAUAUUUUUGUGAAUGGCACAACGGGAGAAGGCCUGUCCCUGAGCGUCUCAGAGCGACGCCAGGUCGCAGAGGAAUGGAUGACAAAAGGGCGGAACAAGCUUGAUCAGGUAGUAAUUCACGUAGGAGCACUGAGCUUGAAGGAGUCACAAGAACUGGCCCGACAUGCAGCAGAAAUAGGAGCCGAUGGCAUCGCUGUCAUUGCGCCUUUCUUUCUCAAGCCAUGGAACAAAGAUGUCUUGAUUAAUUUCCUAAAGGAGGUGGCUGCUGCGGCCCCAGCAUUGCCAUUUUAUUACUAUCACAUUCCUGCCUUGACGGGGGUAAAGAUUCGUGCUGAGGAAUUGCUGGACGGGAUUCAGGAGAAGAUCCCCACCUUCCAAGGGCUGAAGUUCAGUGACACAGAUCUCUUAGACUUCGGGCAAUGUGUUGAUCAGAAUCGCGAGCGGCAGUUUGCUUUCCUUUUUGGGGUGGAUGAGCAACUACUGAGUGCUCUGGUGAUGGGAGCGACGGGAGCGGUGGGCAGUACCUAUAACUACCUGGGAAAAAAGACAAACCAGAUGUUGGAGGCUUUUGAACGAAAGGACUUCUCUUCAGCCCUGAACCAUCAGUUUUGCAUUCAGAGAUUUAUCAACUUUGUGCUCAAACUUGGUUUUGGAGUGUCGCAGACGAAAGCCAUCAUGACUCUGGUUUCUGGGAUUCCAAUGGGCCCACCCCGGCCUCCCCUGCAGAGAGCUUCCAGAGAGUUUAUUGAUGAAGCCAAAGCUAGUCUGGAGAGCCUGGAUUUCCUUUCUUCCACUGAUUUAAAGGAUGGAAACUUGGAAUCCUGUAGCUAA